CGGUCAAAGUCACAUCUACACGCUUACGGACAGAGUGAAGGUUACCUGCUUCAACAGUGCUUGAACGGCAACCCUCCUUCUGUCAGAACUUGCGCCUCAUUAAUCAGCAUUUUGAUUUCAGAAUAAUUGCAGCUAAUCGAACAUCGCUUAAAAAGAAGACUUUCCUCAACGUCCAUUUUCCAAACACGAAGACCCCUCCAGGAGAAAUAAUAAUCGUAGCGAGCUAACGUUAGCUAGGACUGUACUUGGAAAGCUUUCAACGACUUUAACGUAACGCAUUUAAUUUUAAUACCAAGAUAAUCAAGCAAGAAACAUGACCUCUCAGGUGAGACAGAAUUUCCACCAGGACUGCGAGGCAGCCAUCAACCGUCAGAUCAACCUGGAGUUGUAUGCCUCCUAUGUCUACCUUUCGAUGGCAUACUACUUUGACAGGGAUGACCAGGCCUUGCAUAACUUUGCCAAGUUUUUCCGCAACCAGUCUCACGAGGAGCGCGAACAUGCUGAGAAACUCAUGAAAUUACAGAACCAGAGGGGAGGCAGGAUCUUCCUGCAAGACAUCAGGAAGCCUGAGAGGGACGAGUGGGGCAGUGGAAUGGAGGCUCUCGAAUGCGCACUCCAGCUGGAGAAGAGUGUCAACCAGUCCCUGCUGGACCUCCACAAGGUCGCCUCCGAGCGCAACGAUCCUCACAUGUGCGAUUUCAUCGAGACACACUACCUGGACGAGCAGGUGAAGUCCAUCAAGGAGCUCUCCGACUGGGUGACCAACCUGCGCCGCAUGGGUGCUCCCCAGAACGGCAUGGCCGAGUACCUGUUCGACAAGCACACACUGGGCAAAGAGAGCAGCUAAACCCCCGCACCUCCAACCCCACCCACCCACCCAGCCAGCCAGCCCCCAUCUCCCAUUCCACCUCACUACAUUUUCUCUUCAGCUCAAGCUCUUCAGCUGUUAAGAUCAGUCAGUUGGCCUGAGCCAACACUCUGCUUGCUCUUUUGCCAUACUAGCCGUCCGGUACUACUGUUCCCAUAAGCCAUAGUUCUUAUCAGUGUUGUUGCUUGUCUUGAGUGGCUGCCGCUCUUGUCCUUGGCCUGUGUUGUUUUAUUACUGAUGUUAUAAACAAACCAAAUAAAUGGAACUCUGGAUUCUGAA